AUGGCCGCCUGUCGUGCCGUUGCCCGCUCCAUCCCCGCUUUCAUCGGUCGUUCCGCCAUCUCUCGCAGUAUCCCCAUUACAGGCCUCUCCUCUCGCAGCAUAGCCACCAGUAGCAGCAGAAUGGCCUCCAAGCUUCCCGCAUCGCAUACAGCGCUCCGCAGAUUGCACGCCACCGCCCAGCAGUUGAGCCCUGCGGCUGCUGUAGCUACAGCUCCAUAUCCGGCCGAGAACUAUCCCAAGAGCCACGCCCCGCUCGCCUCCCCCGUCAACACCUGCAACUUCAUCGAUAACAAAUUCGUCACCUCCAAUGCUAGUACCUGGAUCGACCUGCACGACCCCGCCACCAACAACCUCGUCACCCGCGUGCCCCAGAGCACAGAUGCGGAGUUGCGCGCCGCCGUUGAGAGUGCCCGGAAGGCGUUCCCCGCAUGGCGCGCCACCAGCAUCAUGGCCAGACAGCAGAUCAUCUUCAAGUUCACCAACCUGAUCCGCGCGAAUUGGGAUCGUCUGGCCGCCAGUAUCACGCUGGAGCAAGGGAAGACUUUUGCGGAUGCCAAAGGUGAUGUGCUGAGAGGCCUGCAGGUCGCGGAGACCGCGUGUGGUAUUACAACACAGAUUACGGGAGAGGUUCUGGAAGUCGCUAAGGAUAUGGAAACUCGGAGUUAUAGAGAGCCCCUGGGUGUUGUUGCCGCUAUAUGCCCGUUCAACUUCCCUGCUAUGAUUCCCCUUUGGUCCAUCCCUACUGCUACUGUAACCGGCAAUUGCUUGAUCCUCAAGCCGUCCGAGCGUGACCCCGGCGCUGCAAUGAUCCUUGCUGAACUAGCCAGUGAAGCUGGGUUCCCUGAUGGGGUCAUCAACGUCGUUCACGGCUCGGCUAAAACAGUCGACUUCAUCAUCGACGAACCAGCCAUCAAAGCCAUCAGCUUCGUCGGCAGCAACCGCGCAGGAGAAUACAUCUUCACCCGUGGUUCUGCCAACGGCAAGCGAGUCCAGGCCAACCUGGGGGCCAAGAACCAUGCAGCCGUCCUCCCAGACUGUAACAAGAACCACGCCCUGAAUGCCAUCACCGGUGCUGCGUUUGGCGCUGCUGGUCAGCGAUGCAUGGCAUUGAGCACCCUCGUGAUGGUUGGGGAGACCAAAGAAUGGCUUCCGGAGAUCGCUGAGCGCGCUAAGACUCUAAGAGUCGAUGGUGGCUUCGAAGAAGGCGCUGACUUGGGCCCUGUCAUUAGCCCUGAGAGCAAGAAGCGGAUUGAAGACCUCAUUGCCAGUGCUGAGAAGGAGGGUGCCACAAUCCUACUUGAUGGGCGCGGAUACAAACCGGAGAAAUAUCCCAAUGGCAACUGGGUUGGCCCCACCAUCAUCACCAACGUAAAGCCACACAUGCGCUGCUACAGGGAAGAGAUCUUCGGCCCCGUCCUCGUCUGUCUCGAAGUGGAAACCGUCGACGACGCCAUCUCCCUCAUCAACGCGAACGAAUAUGGUAAUGGUGCUGCGGUCUUCACCCGAUCUGGUCCCACCGCCACCAAAUUCCAACGCGAGCUGGAAGCCGGCCAAAUCGGUAUCAAUGUGCCCAUCCCGGUCCCCCUCCCCAUGUUCUCCUUCACCGGCAACAAGAAGAGCAUCGCAGGCGGUGGUGCAAGCACUUUCUACGGCAAGCCUGGCCUGCAAUUCUACACGCAGCAGAAGACCGUCACGAGUUUGUGGCGGAGUGAGGAUGCGGUCAAUACAAAGGCGAGCGUCGUGAUGCCCACGCAGAGUUAA